CCCAAAACCCCAACCAAGACCCAACCAGAACAAACCUUUCGCCUCUCCCCUCUCCUCACGCAUCCCUCCCCUAUCCCCUUCCCAAUUCCCAACCAACCAUUAGAGGCCCGGAAGGGGCAUUCCGGGAAUAAAAAGGCAGGGCCUCCCCUCUUACCAGCCUACACAAUUCUCUCUGUCUCUGUCCCUGUCUCUGUAUCUGUCGGAGGCAUCAAGCAUGGGAAGCCAGUGCAACGGCGAUGAGUUCGAGAUGCCGGAGAUCAAGAUAAAGUUCACCAAGCUCUUCAUCAAUGGCCAAUUCGUCGACGCCAUCUCCGGGAAGACAUUUGAGACGAGAGAUCCGCGCACCGGGGAGGUGAUUGCUUAUGUUGCAGAAGGUGACAAGGCAGACGUGGAUGUGGCUGUCAAGGCCGCGAGAGAAGCUUUCGACCAUGGCAAAUGGCCUCGCAUGUCCGGCUACGAGAGGGGGAGGAUCAUGAUGAAACUCGCAGACUUGAUUGAGCAAAAUAUAGAAGAAUUGGCGAUUCUGGAUAGUGUGGAUGUCGGCAAGCUGUUCAGUCUGAAUAAAAUUGUAGACAUCCCUGGAACAAUACACCUCCUCCAGUAUUAUGCUGGGGCUGCUGAUAAGAUCCAUGGAGAGACUCUAAAGAUGUCAAGAGAGUUCCAAGGCUACACACUGAAGGAGCCCAUCGGUGUGGUUGGGCACAUCAUACCAUGGAACUUCCCAUCCACCAUGUUUUUCUUCAAGGUCAGCCCCGCCUUGGCUGCUGGUUGCACCAUGGUCGUCAAGCCUGCCGAGCAAUCCCCACUCUCUGCUCUCUACUAUGCCCACUUAGCCAAGCAGGCUGGUAUCCCUGAUGGAGUGCUCAAUGUUGUCACUGGUUUUGGCCCCACAGCUGGUGCUGCCAUUUGUUCUCACAUGGACGUCGAUAAGGUUAGUUUUACUGGCUCUGCUGAAGUAGGACGCCUAGUGAUGGAGGCAGCGGCAAGAAGCAAUUUGAAGUCUGUGUCACUUGAACUUGGAGGGAAGUCCCCUAUUAUCAUCUUCGAUGAUGCUGAUGUAGACAUGGCUGUUGAUCUAGCCAACAAAGCUAUCUUCUAUAACAAGGGAGAAAUCUGCGUAGCAGGGUCUCGUAUUUAUGUUCAAGAAGGAAUUUAUGAUGAAUUCAUGAAGAAGGCAGCAGAAAAGGCCAAAAAAUGGGUGGUUGGAGACCCCUUCAAUCCUCAGGUUCAUCAAGGGCCUCAGGUUGAUAAGAAGCAAUUCGAAAAAGUUCUUGAAUACAUUGAACAUGGUAAGAAAGAGGGAGCCACAAUACUUACCGGAGGAAGGCCCUGUGGUGAUAAAGGGUACUACAUCGAACCCACAAUUUUUACUGAUGUCAAGGAGGAUAUGUCGAUUGCACAGGAUGAAAUAUUUGGACCUGUGAUGUCCCUCAUGAAGUUCAAGACUGUUGAGGAGGCAAUAGAGAAAGCCAACAACACUAGGUAUGGACUUGCAGCAGGGAUUGUGACCAAAGACCUGAACAUAGCUAACAGGGUCUCAAGAUCGAUUCGUGCAGGCAUCAUUUGGAUCAACUGUUACUUUGCUUUCGAUGUCGACUGUCCUUUCGGUGGCUACAAGAUGAGUGGUUUCGGAAGGGACAUGGGAAUGCAUGCGAUGGACAAAUAUCUCCAAGUCAAGUCUGUUGUGACCCCCAUUUAUGGUUCCCCUUGGCUGUAAUUUAAACAUUGCAACGAAUUCUCGCAAUGAAUAUUAUGGAAUAAUUUUCUCUUGGGCUAAUAAGCAUUUUACAAACACUUCAUAUUCUCAAGAAA